AUGGAGGGAGGCUCGAGCGGCGACGACGACUCCCGCGGUGACCCGAUGGAGGGAGGCUCGAGCGGCGACGACUCCCGCGGUGAUCCGAUGGAGGGAGUCUCGAGCGGCGACGACCUCGCUGGGGCAGGGGCAGGGGCAGGGGGUGCCGGCGGUGAGGACUCGAUGGAUCAGGGCUCGACCGACGACGACUACGCUUCCACCGGCGGCGGCGGGGGUUCCAUGGAUCAGGGCUCGAGCGACGGCCCCUCGGGCGACGGGGAGGAUCCGAUGGUGUUCGACCAUGACUCCGACGACAACGGCAGCGGCCCGCUCGUACCCAUCGGCUCGAGCGACGACGGCUACUCUGCCGAGGAGCGUCGUCAUCAGCACUACCUCGCCUCCAAUGGCUCCUCUACCGCGGACGGCCGCGUGUCUCCUCCUCUGUCCUCCGGCUCGAACAACGGAGGACCCGCCUCCGGAGACCCUAAUCAAGCCCCUCCCGCCAAUGGCGUCGUCAUCCACGACGAUGACGAGGACGAGGACACCUUCGUCGAUAUCACAGGCCAUGUCGACAUCGCAGCCAUCGUCAGCGAGUUGAGGCAGGAGGCGGCCAGCGAAGACGGCUCUUCGAGUUCUUCCAGUGAAGGCGGCUCGUCGGAUUCCUCCGAGGACGAGUCCUCCGAUGACGACACAGGCCCUCCUGCUCCUUCUCCCAGUGAAGGCUGA